AUGCCUUCACGUGUACUGUCCCUUAUACUCACUAGAGGUGGGCCAGCCGUGUGCCGGUCUGACAUGGAUGAUCCAAGUAGUGUCUUGGUGGGCAUGUUUGGCCACUGCUCGCAGGAGUUGGUCAAUCUCUGUCUGCUCGGCCGUUGUGUCUCAAAUGUUUUUGAUGGUGAAGAGUCUAUGGGAGGUGGGAUGAUGCUCCGUGGGGUUCCUGUUGAAGUGCCAGUUGUGGUAGGCUACAUCACUGAGCUGGAGGCUCUCAGGUAUGUCACGGUGGGCAGUCAGUAUAAGAACCCCCUACUGCCCUUUUGGGUUAUUGGCUCGCCCAAUCAUUACACUUUGCUUUACUCGCGAAAUAUCAACUGCGUGAAGCGGAAUCCUGUCAGUGUAGUGAAGGAUAAACUGAAGGACGCCUUUGAUGCCAAUUGUACUGAUGAAGGCAUCGCCACAGUAGAACAGAUGGAUAAAAUGAUCGCUAUUGAUCUGCCUGAUGAGCUCGUAUGUGAACUGGCUCGAGCAGUUGUGGUAGCUAUGGUGAAAAAAGAAGCUCUGGAGGGCUCCAUUGUGCUGUAUGAUACCUUCCAGAGCAUCUUCUGUAAGGCUCUAUUCGGGGAGAGCAAGCUGGAGGAGUUGGAAACUAGCCUGAGCAGACCGUCGGCCUACUCCCUGUACGAGGAAGAGUUUAUGAUGCCCUAUUGGAAGUAG